CACAAGGACCUUAAAGACCAACAACCUACCCUAAGUUGACUUUUCGACUAACUGGAUCGGACGGAAACGUUAGUAGAAUUAUUAUUAUUAUUGGUGGGUUUGGCCGUGAUAUUGUUAUUUUGAAUUAUAAGGCGAUUACCGGAGACGGAUCGAAUUUUGAAUCAGCUGCUGUAAUGGAGAGUUUGAGUGAUAACAUUGUUGUGUCUCCUAUUUUUUAUUUUUUUUCGGAAGGUUUUGUUGUGUCUCCUAUUCUGGAUGACUUGUUAGGCAAAUUGGAUUCACUUUUUGAUGGUGCUGGUAACCGGUCUUCGCGAGCUAAACAGACGAGACAGCUUCGGCGGGUAAUUGAAGAAAUCUUAGCCGAAGUUCUGAUAGUGGAACGGGAAAGUAAGACGGGAAUUACAACCCUUCUGUUUCUAGCAGAUGUUCAAAAAGCAGCUUACGUUGCAGAUGAUAUGCUGGAUGGUGUUUCCAAGAACGAGGUAAGCAUGAUGAUGAACGUCAGCAUGUCAGAUCCACUCCAUUCUGUGCUGUAUCUGAUCCUCCAAGAUUUUCUACGUAUCGAAAACAUCUACAAGAUUCAUGAUAAAGAUAUGACUAGCUCCGCCCCGGUGAUUAGGGAGCAUUUCCAUUGCCGUUCAUCUCCUAAUCUUUCGGCGGUUGAUGAACUCUUGCAAUCAAAGAAGGUUUUCGGAAGGGAUAAAGACAAGAAAAAGAUGUUGGGUUUGUUGAUCCAAGACAAUAACCAGAUGCAGCUUUCCGUCAUUUCCAUCUUGGGUGUGGAUGGAAUUGGAAAGACCACUCUGGCUCGUAUGCUUUACGAUGAUGAGAAAGUAUUGAAGCAUUUCGAUCUCAGGGUUUGGGUGUCCUUCGAUGCUCAAGAUUUUGAUGAAGUGAAGAUUGCAAAAGGGAUCAUAGAAUCUGUGACGGGGUUUCCUCUCGAGCCAGAAGAGAUGGGUGAACUAUCUGAUCUUGUCAUAGCUGCCUUGGGGUCAAAAAGAUCCUUAAUUGUGCUAGAUGACAUCAAAAUUGGAGAUAACAAGGAUAUUGAGGGUUGCCUUGAAAUACUGAAAAGUCUUUCCGCUGCAUCUGCUUUGGGAUCCAAAGUUAUAGUAACAACUCCCACCCUCCAUGUUGAAGAUGAUCAUAUAGCAGCCAAUGUUGAGCACUACGAACUGAAAAAAUUAUCCUAUGUCAAUAGCUGGUAUAUGUUCAACUAUCUAGCAUCUGAUUCCUCAAAUGCUAUAAGCAAUCCAAAAAUGUCCAUGGUUAUCCGAAUUCUACAAAGCUGCAGAGGCCUCCCUCUUCUGCUGGAUCUUAUAGGACGGCUUCUGAGAAUAGAGAAAGAGAAAAGGGACUUGGCUUCUUUUGAAAAAUUCCUUUAUUUUGGUCUUCUCAUUCCUCGAAAGGCAUCAGUAAGUUGUGAAAUCGGUAAUCCUCUUGUGCUGAGCUAUACUCACCUACCUUCGCAUUUGAAGAAAUGUUUUGCGUAUUGUUCGAUUUUCACCAAGGGCCAUGCACUGAGCAAAGAGAAGCUGAUUCACAUGUGGAUUGCUGAAGGUCUCAUUCAGUCAUUUGAUGGAAAGAGAACGUUGGAGGAUAUUGGCAACGAUUAUUUUCGGGAACUUGUGAGCAGGUCAUUCUUCACCGAAUUAAGCAGCAACGAUUCUGGUGACAUAAUAGAGUGCCGUAUGCAUGGCAUAAUCCACUAUUUUGCACAAGUUGUUGCGGGGUCAAUGAUGGAGAAAGAGGCUGGAGUUGAAUGUAGGCAAUCCAGAGAUAUGCGUCAGGUGUCUUUGGCUUUUAGUUGUGGAUUAUCAACCAUCCCGAGAGCACUGGAUAUUCCAAAAUACGUGCGGACUUUGCUUUUAUUAUCUGGUAAUUUCUCAGGCACCCUAGAUCAUUCAUUUUUCAGAUUUAAGGGUUUGCGAGUUCUAGAUUUAAGUUGUAGUGGCAUUGGGAAGUUAUCAAGUCACAUUCGAAAUUUACAACAUUUAAGAUAUCUUGAUCUCUCUCAUACAUUCAUUAAAAAACUUCCCAGCUCCAUAGCCAGCCUCACACACUUGCAAACUUUGAAGCUAUUUGGCUGCUAUCGUCUUGAGGUGUUACCCAAAAGAAUUCAUAACUUGACCAACCUCAGGCAUCUGGAUAUUGUGUUGUGCCAUUCAUUAUCUCAUAUGCCAUCUGGAAUUGGGCUACUAACUUCUCUUCAAUCAAUGCCGGUAUUUGUUCUGGGCAAGAAUCGCGGUUGUGCCCACCUAGGAGAGCUGCGUAGGCUAAACCUUACAGGCAAAUUAGAGAUUAAAAAUCUUCAAAAUGAGAAUAGGCUCGAAGAAGCACACCAGGCGAAGCUGUACCACAAAGAAAAACUUCACCAUUUGGGAUUAUCAUGGGGCCAUGAUAAUGUUGACCAAUGUUCCAAAAUAUCGAGUGCCCUGCUGUUGGAAAACCUAUGCCCGCACCCAAAACUUAAAGUUCUGGAUAUAACAGGGAAUGGAGAUAUCAAAUUUCCUUCAUGGAUGAAAGAUUCGACCAUCCGCAAUCUGGUUAAACUUUCCAUGAGGAAUUGCAGCUGUGAGGAACUUCCACCACUGGGGCAGCUACCCUACCUUAAGGAGCUAUGUGUCAAAGGGAUGCCGGAAUUAAAAUCCAUUGGCCAAGAAUUCUAUGGCAAGGAGUCUGUUAAUGGAUUCCCUUCACUUGAAAAAUUCGAACUUUCCGAUAUGCUCAAUUUGAAGGAAUGGUUGGAGACCCAUAUGGAGGCAUCAACUAGUAGCUCAACCACAAAACAAGUUUUUCCCUGCCUUAACACGCUCACAGUGGAAGGUUGCCCCCAACUCCAACGCAUCCCCAUUCUUCCGGUUCUCAAGGACUUAGUUAUGUGGAACAGCAAUGAGAAGCUACCUUGCUCCCUGGCCCACUUAACAUCACUUUCAUCCCUUGUUAUCAAUGAAUUCACAGAAGGGUGUUCUUUUUACAACCAAGGAAACUUCAAUUCUGUCAAGAAACUUAUGAUAUACAACUCUCGUAUUCUGGAUAAUAAGUUGGACGAUGAUGGUAUGCGGGAAUUUACUUCUCUUGAACAUUUGGGUAUUCUGCGUUGUUCUGAAUUGAUGUAUUUGCCAAUGGGCUUCAGAUAUCUCACUUCCCUUCAAAAGUUGGAUAUUGUAGAGUGCUCGGAUUUGAAAUUUAUUCCAGAGAUUAUGGAGUCCCUUACAUCACUUCGAGAGUUGAUCAUCGAUGAUUGUCCUGGGCUGGAAUCAUUGCCGACAGAUCUGCCUAAACUCACCAGACUUCAAAAGUUGAUUAUUAAAAGAUGCCAGAAAUUGUCAAAGCUGCCCCAAGGACUGGAAGUCACAUAUGAGCUCCAAUUUUUGUUGAUUACUGGAUGUCCUCAAUUGGAACGAAGACUGCAAAAGGAAACAGGUGAGGACUGGCCCAUGAUAGCUCAUAUCCGGUGUAUAAUAAUCGGCCACCAUUUAUAAGAGGUACAAGGGAUCGAUGCUAAAAGAAUAUAGAAGACAACCCUCAGUGAGGUAGGAUGCUGAAGCAGAAGAAUGUUUUAAUGCAAGUUCAAAAUCUUUGGCAGCGCACAUAACAUCCUGUUGACAUAGCAAUUGCUUGAAUAGGAAUUUUCGUCGGCAACUACUUGAGUAUGCAAGCACAUUGCCUGCAAAGCUCCAGAGAUCUCAAUACCAUCAGAGGACUGGACGAUUGUUCCCAAGCUCAAGAAACUCAAGUAAUAUGUCACGUCGUGCUAGACUGUAUCAGGAUGCAUAUUGUCACUAUGUAAUCAAAGCCCCAGUGAGGAGAGCGAUGACAUAUAUAGAUAACCUAGGACAAAGGUUCUAUGGAUGUGAAAGCUAUCUUAAGGUUAGUGGUGGAUUCUGAUAUAUUCGGGGUUUCCAACAAGAAAGGCUUUGAGAAAAAAACAUAACAUACAUUAAUAGAGCAACUUAGUGUGGCAAAAUGUGGAUAGGAAUUUGGAGGUGGUACCUACUUUUGAUGAGGAUGUCAGCUUCGUGGAGGUGGAAACCUAAAAUAUUGCAAGGAACGUGAAAUUUCGAAGUGUUUAUUGGGUUGUCUUUAUGUUUGAGUUUAACAUAAUGUGUUUUGGAUGAGAAUGUAAUUUUGAACCAAGUGUAUGAAAAUGGAUUUAGUAUAGUAAGGUUUUGUUUCGA